AUGAACAGGCUUAUCCCGCGACGACCCUUUUUACGACAGAAUAUCGGGUACCUCUCUGCAGCUCUCGCUGUCUCUCGCGCCAUGCAUAUACAAUCGAUUCCCAUGUGGGUUGGCACCAGCAACAACUAUGCCUACCUCGUUGUCGACGAAAAAUCCAAGGAUGCCGUCAUCAUUGACCCGGCCAAUCCCCCCGAGGUCGCGCCGGUUCUGAAGGAUGCCACGGCCGCUGGCAAGAUUAACCUAACGAGCAUCGUCAACACUCACCACCACUGGGACCAUGCGGGCGGUAACAAGAAGCUGCUCGAGGAUCUCGGCAACCCCAAACUUAACAUCAUCGGCGGCAAAGACUGCGAAGGCGUCACCCAGACCCCGAAGCACGAGGAGGUCUUCAAGAUUGGCGAGAUUUCCGUCAAGGCUGUCCACACGCCCUGCCACACCCAGGACAGCAUCUGCUACUACAUGGAGGACAGCACGGGCAAGGCCGUCUUUACCGGCGACACGCUCUUCAUCAGUGGAUGCGGCCGGUUCUUUGAAGGCAAUGCCGCCGAGAUGCACGAGGCACUGAACAAGCGUCUGGCCGCCCUGCCGGAAGACACUGUGGUCUAUCCCGGUCACGAAUACACCAAGGCCAACGUCCAGUUUGCCAUUUCUGUUUUGCAGAGCGAGCCCGUCAAGGCACUGCAAGACUUUGCCGAGAACAACAAGGUCACCACGGGCAAAUUUACCAUUGGCGACGAAAAGAAACACAAUGUCUUUAUGCGCCUCGACGAUCCUGUCGUGCAAAAGGCCACUGGCGCAACCGAGCCCGUCGAGGUCAUGGCCCAGCUGCGCGAGAUGAAGAACAGCUUCAAGCCACCCGAGCCCAAAAUGUAG